CGGAGAGACCUCGGACGGACCCUGGCCCCGGAUAGACCUCAGUCCCGGGCAGACCGCAGGCACACGGCGGCCCGUUCCCAGCUCCGGAGACCUCGGACGGACCCCGGCCCGGCAGGCGGGCGGGCGGGCGGGGGCCGAGGGCGCCCCCGAAGGCGGGGGCAUGCGCGGCCCGCGGCAUGGCCUCGGCGGUGUUUGAGGGCACCUCGCUCGUGAACAUGUUCGUGCGCGGCUGCUGGGUGAACGGCAUCCGCAGGCUCAUCGUCAGCCGGCGCGGCGACGAAGAGGAGUUCUUCGAGAUCCGCACCGAGUGGUCGGACCGCAGCGUGCUCUACCUGCACCGCAGCUUCGCAGACCUGGGCCGCCUCUGGCAGCGCCUCCGCGACGCCUUUCCCGAGGACCGGCCAGAGCUAGCGCGCGCUCCGCUGCGGCAAGGGCUGGUUGCCAUAAAGGAUGCACACGAUAUAGAGACCAGGCUCAAUGAAGUGGAGAAGUUGCUAAAGACCAUCAUAAGCAUGCCCUGCAAAUAUUCUAGGUCAGAAGUUGUGCUCACCUUCUUUGAAAGAUCUCCUUUGGAUCAGGUGUUAAAAAAUGACAAUGUCCAUAAAAUUCAACCCAGCUUUCAAAGCCCGGUGAAAAUAUCAGAAAUCAUGAGGUCCAAUGGAUUUUGCUUAGCAAAUACAGAAACAAUUGUUAUUGACCACAGUAUACCAAACGGAAAAGACCAACACCUGGGUGUGGAUCCCGCAGAGCAUUUGUUUGAGAACGGCAGUGAGUUUACCUCAGAGCUGGAGGAUGGCGAUGACCCAGCAGCUUAUGUCACCAACCUAUCCUAUUACCACCUGGUCCCCUUCGAGACGGACAUUUUGGACUGAGUCUCUGUUGGGCCCCCACCGUCCCUCAACCCUGACUGCUGGGCAGUGGGCAAAGCCUCUGCCCCAGGCCUGGGCCAGGUGGUGCUUCUGCGGGGGACGGUGCCUGAGAGGCCCAGGUGUCCUGCCAGUGGAGCAGUGGAGUUUCCUGGAGCGAGAGCUGACCCUUAGGUCAGCCAGGUCAUCAGAGUCCCACACAGCCUGCUGCUUCUGAGGGCUCUUCCCUCUGCACCCGACACUACCAGCCUGUGUCUGCACCCCUGGGACUCGCUCCCCACCCCCGUGUGGGAGACCUGUCACAAGUGCCUGCAGGACAUGUGGGUGCCCUGGCAGCACCCAGGGCCUGGCCACGUUCCUCCUUUCUCUUUGACUGCUUCCUGGAGAGGAGCCUUCCUCUGGGUGCAGUGGGCCCAGGGCCGCACAGCCACCAUCCCUCCCCACCAUUCCUUCUCUCGACAAGCGCACAAAACAUUGCCUGUGAGACUGUGUUGGGUUGCCAAGUUCUGGACGACAUACGCAGGGAAUGUUAGGUAAUCCCGGAUUUCCCUGGGAACCAGGAUGUGUGGCUUUCAUUUCUGUUUUUCACCUUCUAUCUGGAAACUGUGGGUUUUGUGUCAGCCAAAGGGCCUCUUCACAGAAGGGUCAUUGUGAAUGGCGCGUAUUGGCUGCGGGGACAGGGGAGACCAUUGCCGAGCAGGUGCCGUGAGCGGGGACUGAGGAGUAUUGAUUCUUCUCAAGAGGAAGAGAGUUCCUGCCUGGUCCUGCCAGCACCUCUUCAGCUGGGCAGCGUGGGGUAGCAGUGUUCUAAGCCCUGGACCACGGGAAAUUCACCUCUCCUGCUGCUUACCAAGCUCAAUGAUGUCAUGGCCAUAUUGACCUGCAGCGGGGAAUCAACAGGAAAGCACUGCAUCUCCUCUUAGCCCCUGAGCAGGUGGGUCUGGGUUCUGUGUGCUUAUCUCCUCAUGGUGUCUACUAAUGACCAACGUUUGCUAAUGUAAAUACUAGUAAAUUAUUGAGAAUCCUAAUUCUUUUACACAGUCUGUUUUUUAAUCUAUUUUAAUUAAAUAAAGUGUAUUACUCUACUCA